AUGGUUGACGGAAUUUCAGAAAAGGAACAUCGUUUUCCUUUUUGUAUUGUAUGGACACCUCUACCUAUUAUCUCGUAAGUUUAUUAUUUUUAAAUUAUCAGUUGAAAAUACGAAAAAAUUUUGUUUCAUGCCUUAAAUUUAAAUGUUUGUUAAAAGUAUUAUUUUUCCUCGAACAUACGAUAGAUUACGUUUUUCAAUUUGGUAAUUAUUAAUCAAGCGGUUUUAGAUGGUUUAUCCCGAUCAUUGGACACAUGGGUAUUGCCAAUUCAAGAGGGAUCAUCAGAGACUUUGCUGGUAGUUACUAUGUGGCUGAAGAUGACAUGGGUUUUGGUUGGCCAACCUGUUAUUUGCAGUUGGAUCCAUCCAAAGUGGAAGGUGGAGUAACGGCUUUUGACAACGCUGUGAGAGAUGCUUCGGAUGAAUACAAGAAUCACAUGGUAAACCUUUUAUUUUUUUUUAGUUUUUUUUGAUUUCAGGUACAAUAUUCGACUUAAAAAGUUAAGAAAACGAGUUUGGAAGAAUGAAAUUUUGAAGACUAGUUAUUUUUUAAAUGUUUUAUUAUUUCUAGAAGCUAAUUUAAGAUGUUUCUAUGUCAUUUUAAACCUUCUUCCCAUUAAAAAAUAUUUUGUAAACAUAAACAGUGCUGUUUUUAGCACAACAUUUGCUGUGACAACUGUCACUCUCACACUGCUUUGGCUUUGGACUUGAUGAACUACGAUGGAAAGGCGAACUACAACAUGGUCAAGUUAUGCUUUUGGGUACUCUUUAAAGGCACUCGGCUUGGGUAAGAUUUAGAUUCGAUGCUUUGACUCUUUAUGUACCAUUUGAUUUUUCACCAAUUUCAUUAGGGAUUUGAAAACAAAUUGUAUCUAUUUCUUAGAUUUUUAACGUAAAAAGACUAUUUUAAAUAUUUCAGAGUAUCUGGAUGGCUAAAGCAAUUCCUCCCAAGUUUGAUGAUUUUGGCGUUUGUUGGCAUUUUGUUUGGCGGAUUGCUGUAAGAAGUUCUUUAUUGGCUACUUACUAGUAUUUGUUACAGUUUGGCUAACAAUCAGUGA